UGGAGGUGCUACGUCGGCCAGAACUGUUUGACUUCCAUGGAGUCUCCAUGACCAGCGCUUUCACUGACAACUGGGACAACAUACAGAACUUCAAAGCAAGACCGGAUGAUAUUCUUAUUGCUACGUACCCUAAAGCAGGAACCACAUGGAUCUCUUACAUCAUAGAUCUUCUGUAUUUUGGGCACAUGUGUCCAGACCGUCAGACAUCCAUCCCUCUUCAUGACAGAGUGCCCUUUCUGGAGCUCUACGUACCUUUUCUACCUUCAGGUUGAAUCUUGUGACCACCAUGUUUGUAUUAGAACAGAACCAAAAGGUACCGAUUUGGCAGACAAACUUCCCACCACUCCUCGUCUCAUUAAAACUCAUCUACCAGUCCAGUUUGUACCAAAGUCCUUCUGGGAGCAGCGCUGCAGGGUGGUCUAUGUGGCCCGCAAUGCAAAAGACAAUGCAGUGUCCUAUUUUCACUUUGAACGCAUGAACGGUGGCAUGCCAGAACCUGGAGACUGGAGAACCUUCCUGCAGGGGUUCAUGGCGGGAAAGAAGGUUUUUGGAUCGUGGUAUGACCAUGUGAAUGGCUGGUGGGAGAAGAAGCAAAGUUAUUCAAAUUUUCACUACAUGUUCUAUGAAGAUUUGAUUGAGGACUAUGAAAAAGAAAUAGACUGCCUGUGUUCCUUCCUUGGUUUGUCUCCUUCAGUUGAAGAGAAGGAAAGAGUCAGAGCCAGUGUGACGUUUGACAGCAUGAAACAAAACAAGAUGACCAACUACUCCACAGUUCCUGUGAUGAACCAAGAGGUGUCCCCUUUCAUGAGAAAAGGGAAAGUUGGUGACUGGAAGAACCACUUCACUGUGGCUCAGAAUGAGCAGUUUGACGAGGACUACAAGAAGAAGAUGAAGAAUCCUGAUCUAAAGUUUCGAUGUGAAAUUUAGAGCCCUGGCUGAGCGUGACGGAGCUCUG